UCACAUGGAUAUCAUUACUGAGACCCCGGACAAAUUCGAUCUCGCACUUGUGUUGUUAUAUAUUCCAACUUUUGUUGCAGGAAUUAUAGGCAAUGUUGUACUGGCCUAUGUUGUGUUUCGUCACAAAAGGUUGCGGAACGGAACAAAUGUAUUUUUGUACAAUCUUGCAAUGGCGGAUUUGUGUGUCACUCUCAUAUGUAUCCCUAUGGCAGUCGGACAAGCGUUAUACCGAAUUUGGUUGUUCGGGGAAUUCAUGUGUAAACUAACGGGCUUUUUGCAAGGAGUCACAGUGGCGGCGAGUGUUUUCACAAUCGCACUAUUGAGCGUAGACCGGUUUCUGGCAAUCCGUCAUCCCAUGGUCUUCCGGAGACUAAGCACAAACGCUACGGCUGUCAAACUUAUUGUUAUUGUAUGGCUGCUUGCCAUUGCCCUGAUGGUUCCCCUGUUCGUCAUACGUCAGGUAGCCGUCAUGGAUCUGAUACCGGAUGAACCAUUGUACUUUUGUAACGAGCAGUGGCCAGAGGACCACCACAGGCAGCAGUACGACCUUGCACAGUUCAUCAUCGUCUAUACUAUUCCAGGCUCCAUAAUAUGUGUUAGCUAUGGUCUCAUUGGUAGUGAACUUUGGACAGAGGACAAAGACUUGAAAAGAACGGAAUCAGAAACGAGUCAAGGCCUGGCCAAAAAUAUGAUGAAAGGAAGAAAACGGGUGGCUAAAAUGUUAAUAGCACUUGCGGUAAUGUUUGCAAUAUGCUGGCUACCGUACCACAUUGUAAGCCUGUACCUGGACUUUCAUCCUGGCAAUACACAUUUUCUGAAUGUACUGCCAUACACAAUAUUUCUUGGACAUUCGAAUAGUGCCUUGAAUCCGAUAUUAUAUUUCUAUUCUAGUAAAGGAUUCAGAAGUAUAUUAGUGCGCAUGUUCAAGUGCAGAAAACGACCAUUUAAGCAAGUCAGACGGGAUAACAUCAUCGUUCGAUGCACACGAAAUCCGGGCGAUGGAACAACGACCGCCGCCCUGACGCGACGCCCAUUCGUUCGGAUUUUAUCAACCACCACCAGAUGUCAGGCGUCGAGGAGCGGAAGCUUGCGAUUGUCCCGCUCGAACAAUAGCAGCCUCAAAUCCACUUCUGGUACUUUGAGGACAAGCUUUAAAUCAAACAGAUCGUCGAACUCAAAUAGACUUAACGAUCACCACGGACCUCGUGUUUCCUUUAGAGACAAGUGUAAUAAGGACAAUAAAGUCGAUAAUAUAACGAAUAAAAAGGAUAAGACUGACUUGCAAUCCUCAAAUCAACCUAUAUGCCCUCAGGUGCAUAUAAUUGAACCCAGUUAUGAUGAAGAUCAUCAUAAUGUGGAUGUUGAUAUGCCGUAUCAUAAACGGAAUUUCAUGGAAGCCACAAUAAGUAUACCGACAACUAUCAAUGAAGAAAGUAGUCGUCAUAAUUCGUUAGUUCCUGUUUCAAGGUUAAGCCCGUCUCCUAGCAUGCAGGCAAUACACGAAGAGUCAGUUGAGGUAACACAAUCAGGGUCUGAUAAAGAUAAAUUUGAGGCGCUUACAAUUGGCAUUACAAUAAAAUCAUCCGGAGCAAGUGGUAGUUCCAAUCGUGAACUAGAUGUAACAGUGCAUAAUCAUGACAACGAUAUGCAUGAUACACAUCAAGUUAUAGUGCUGGCGGAUUAAACUCUGUCAUUGUUGUGUCUUUGUAAAUGUACAAAAAUAAAUGUAUGAUGUUAAUGUGUUGAAAUAAACGGUUUUGUUCAA